AUGUCGUUGUACGAAGCGUUGGCUAAUACUACGGUGACAAUAUGCACCGAUCUUCCGUUUCGUGUAAAUUCGCUUGGGUUGUGGAACAGAUCGGAAAGGUGGACGGUGAAUGCUACUACUCCGUUGGUGAAUUUCUCGUUUCCUCUGCAGAAUUACACGAUGCCAAUCCUGGAGUUUGAAAUGACUCUCAUGUUUGUUCUCACCGAGCUCACCCAUCUCUUUCUCAAGAUCUUUGGCCUUCCUGCUUUGGCCGCUCAACUUGUGGCAGGAAUACUCCUUGGUGAUGCAGGACUUUCCCGAAUAGUCAAAUCAUCUAGUCAUCACGAUGUGAAUCCCAUAUUUCCUUUUGCCAAUCAAGAAAUACUCAACAUAAUGUCUCUAUUUGGCUACAUAUUUUUUUCCUUCUUGAUCGGAGUCAAAUUGAACUUGGGGUUAAUACCUAAAUCCGGAAAAAAAGCCCUCUACACGGGCGCAUUAAGCCUGUCAGUGCCUAUAGUAGCCGGCGUCGGUACCAUAAUCCUCCUUCACUCUAAAUGGUUCUUAAAUGGACAAGAAAUUGUGCAGCUUGCGUUUCUAACAGCAAUGCACUCUCUAACUCCCUCUCCCGUCGUAGUUUGUCUUCUCACCGAUCUCAAAAUCCUGAACUCCGAGCUUGGCCGGUUAGCGUUGUCUUCGGCUCUUGUCAGCGACCUCUGUAGCAUUGCCAUCACCAGCGUUGCAGCAAUGGCAGCAGCUGUGCAACAAAAUAUCCUCAAAGGGAUACGGGACAUAGUGGUAAUGGUAGCCUACACUUUAUUUGUUUGGCUUGUUUUUCGACCAUUUAUGUUUUGGAUUGCUAAACGAACACCUAAAGGCAAGCCUAUCAAAGACUCGUACGUUGUCCUAAUCAUGUUGGCUUUUCUCGGAUCUGCGUUGCUUUCCAAUUGGUGUGAGCUGUCUUUUAUCAUCGGACCUUUGAUGUUGGGUUUUGCCGUGCCAGAUGGGCCACCAGUAGGAGCUACUUUGGUCAACAAGUUUGACUUUAUGGUCAAUAGGGUUUUUAUGCCAGUUUUUGCGACCACGUCCAUGAUGAGGGUUACAAUGUCCCUGCCUAAGGCUCACAAAAGGACAGUUUUAGCCGCCACAAUUGUUACUUCUGUAGUUUACUGCAGCAAAUUUGUAGCUUCUUUGGUGAUCCCUUUGUGUUGCAAGAUGCAUAUGAGGGAUGCUAUAGCGCUGGCUCUCAUUUUGUGUAGCAAAGGCGUUGUUGAGUUAGGCGCGUACACCUUUGCUAGCGACACUUGGAUAAUAUUUUCCGAAGUCUUUGAUUAUAUGAUGUUAACCGUUGUGUUAUGUGUACUCAUCGUCCCACCUCUUAUAAGACUCUUGUACGAUCCUAAGAGAAAAUACGUAGGCUAUCAAAAAAGAAACCUUAUGCAUUGGAAACCCAAUUCCGAGCUCCGAAUCCUUGCAUGCAUCAACAGAGCUGAUAACACCCCUGCCAUAAUUAACUUUCUUGAUGCUUCGUGCCCAACCCGGGAUAGCCCCAUUGCCGUCUAUGUUCUUCACCUCGUCAAGCUAGUUGGUCGAGCCGCCCCCAUCCUAAUUUCCCACAAUCUACAAAAGAUAACCCUUUCAAACAAUUCACUCUCUGAGAACGUCAUUAUUUCCUUCUCCAACUUUCAGAGAGACAACGAAGGAGCUAUUUUUGCACAAGUCUUUACGGCAAUCACUCAACCACACUACAUGCACGACGACAUAUGCACCCUCGCUAUAGACAAAGCAACGUCCCUUAUAAUCCUCCCAUUCCAUCGAAAGUGGUCGAGAGUCAACGGGUCAAUUGAGUCAGAAAACCAAAACACAAGGACACUCAAUUGUAGAGUGCUCGAAACAGCGCCGUGCUCGGUUGGCAUCCUUGUCAACCGUGGUCACGUAAAAUACACCAACUCCUUAGCAUCACCUAACGAAGCGUACCGAGUUGCAUUGAUUUUUCUCGGAGGAAGCGAUGACAGGGAGGCGCUUACCCUUGCGAAGCGCAUGGCUAAGGACGCGUACAUCAGCCUGACGGUGAUUCGGUUAGUCGAUGCAUCCGGGGAUGAAGACGGGAACAACAAAUGGGAGUGGGUGCAGGACAAUGAGAUGUUGAAGGAAAUGAAGUAUAAUGGCGCGGGGUACGUGAGUUAUGUGGAGCAGAUUGUAGAGGACGGGAUUAAAACGACAAGGAAAAUACGGUCGUUGAUGGAUGAAAGUGAAUACGACAUGUUCAUAGUUGGGAGAAGAUAUAAUGUGAGCAGCCCUCAGACUUCGGGUCUUGAUCAAUGGAGUGAGUUUCCGGAGCUUGGGGUUAUUGGAGAUAUGCUUUCGUCGACGGACUCUCGCUGCAAAUCUAGUGUCUUGGUCAUUCAGCAACAACAACAACGUUAG